CUCACACCCCCACCAUGCCCUCGUCAGUCUCAGCAUUGGCUUAUUCGCCCAGAGCCAGCCCCCUAGGCAGUCCAACCACCGGCUCUCCUUCUCGUCGCGUACAGACCAGGAAGGGCUCCAUCUGCGCAGGCGAUCCUUGGGGCACUCACUCUCAGCUUAACUUGAACCCCUCGCGGUCAACUUCUUGUAAACUCACCAUCGUUCGGGUCAACGAACCACCCGUGCAUCUUGACGAAACUCCACCCUCACCCCAGCAGCGUCGCCACCAUGGAUUCGGUGGCCACAGACGACAGGGUAGCGGCGGUUCCAUCCAUUCCAACUCUUCCAUCGGCGGAGGAAACAAAUCCGAUGCGCCUUCGAGGAUCAGUUUUGCCGGAAACUCGUUCGUCCCCCCAGGAUCGUCGAGGGACGGGAACGGUUCGCGUCCGACGAGUCCUGUUAUGAACCGGCCGCGUUCUCCAGGCGGAGGUCAUCACCAUCGUUCCUCUACCACCUCUUCCAACAAACCUCGACUUUCUCCAGAUGAGCUCGUAACCCUCGCCCGCCAGACUUGUACACCUAGCGCCCCUAUCCAUGCCGUCCCGUCACCAGGCGCCACAAAACAACCUGGUACAAGCCCAGCCUCCUUCACUGCGCUUCCCGAUGAGUUCUUCCUCCCCUUCAUCGAUCGCGCCGCAGAAGUUUCCUCCCUCUUCUCCGGACCACCAUCGGCCAAGCUCCUCACGCUCCUCGAACAAACAUUCUCCACCUCGCCAGUCUCUUCUCCAAUGUCUCAAUCGGAGAGCACAUCCCCUUCCUUGGACGUUUUCGCCGUCGACCCAAAACGUUGGACAUUCUCACAACUCGAACAUUGGCUGAAGAACAUUGACCGUGAUCAGGCGCCUGACCCCUACUGGGUGGCGAGUGCGCGCCGAUGUGUCCUCGCCCAUAGCGAGCUCAUCUGGGAGCGCCUCAAGGGAGCUUUAGGUGUUCCUCCGGAGUUGGACGAAUCCGAUUUUGAGGAGCUAGGCGACGUUAUCAACGUCAUUCCCGACAUGGACUUCGUUGCACCCGAGCGUGGAGACAACCCUGACCAGGCGACGGGUCUCGUCGACGAAGUGCUCGCCGGAUCGAUGUCGCCCGAGUUCCCUCACAUCGCAGAACACCGCGCGGCGACCGAAGACAUCUCAGAAACCGACCUCGCUCCUUCGCUCUCCAUCGAGCCCGUCCUCGCUCCCACGUCUCCCCAGCCCCUUGGCGCCGACCACCCACCGACGCGUAUUGGAGCCCACCGCAUGACCGACAUUUCGGAGGAUAUUCGCGAGGAGAACGAGGAAGAAGGCGAAGGAGGUUCCGGUUCUGGCCUAGCGAGCGCCGCCCAAUCCCCACCCAGUGAAGUCAUCCAAGGUCUUCGCAUUUCCACCGUCCCAGCAUCGCCUAGCAUCCUCGCUUCCAGCUCUCCAUCUGCUCGUCGUCUCUCACUUUCUGCCUCUCCCCUUCCUCCGAUGGCCGCUCUUCCGACCGACAGGAUCUCGCCGCUUGUUAUCGACGAGCAACGCGGCGAUGGAUCGCAAUCACCCGAGAAAGAUGGACAACAUAGCAGGGAUUCCUCGCCGGUUGUGGGCAUGGGUGGAAGGGUUGGAAGCGGGUGGAAUUAUGCUGCUAGUACGGGCAGUGCGGGCUCGGAUUCAGUGUAUGAUGCGGUGGCGGAGAGGGGCCCGGGAAAUCCUCUUUUCCCGACGAGCUUUGCGAGGUUGGCAUUGGGACCGACGCUCCAAGCCAACAACCCGAGCAUGAGGUCUCCGACCGCGCCGCCACCGCCUAUGUUUGGAAACAACCCGCAUGCGAUCAGGAUGGCGAUGCGUGGACGGAGAGCUCUGCCGAGUUGGGCGGAGGGAUGGGACCCGUUGAAGCACGAGUAUGCUCUUACGCUGGCUAGCGGGAGCAGUGUCGGCGGGUAUUGAAGACGAGACUGUAGUGGCCUCACAAAACUUCGGGUGGUCAGGUAGAGGGGCUGGUCAUAAAGUGGCAUAGACACGGUCACGGUGGGAGGUACUUAUUGAGCAGCUUUGAGACGCUGGCCGCUCGUGUGUUUGUUUUGUUGCGUGUGCUUGUUGUCGUCCUUGACCUUUUCUCGGUUUUUUUUGGAUCUGUUGUGCUUUUUUCUAUUCGGGUUUGUCGUCACUAUAUAUACAUGAUGAUGAUAAUCUCACCUGUACCAUGACCUUCUC